ACAGGCAGAAGCUCUGUUGUGAUCUCUGAUUGUCAAUCAAUAAUUUCUCUGAUUCUGUCAUUUGAAUAGGUUUUGAUUUUCCAGGACUUACUUUCAGUUCUGCCUUACGAGCUUUUCUGCUAUUUGGACGCUGCUAGUUUCAUCUCCACUCUAUUUUUGCCUUUUAUAUACAUUUUCUCAUACCAGAUCACAAUUUCUCUAGAAAGGAUGGAUAAGCUGAGUGGGAACAACAUGACUGUAGUGAACAGAUCCAUAGAGAAGUGGUCAGUCAAUGAACUUGGCUCUUUCCAGCAGCGGGACCCAGGUGAGCUACGGGUCCUGGUGCCAGCGAUUCUGGGAGUCAUCUGCGUGUUGGGUGUGGCUUGUAAUCUCACUGCGAUGGUGAUCCUGUUUUCAAACGCACACAGGGGUAAACUGUCCCUGAUCAACUCCCUCAUCUUCAAUCUGAUGUUUGCUGACGGGCUGGUGCUGAUGUUUACUGUGCCUUUCAGGGCUGCAUCCUACUCCAAGGCAAGCUGGAAUCUGGGCUGGGUGGUUUGCAAGACGGCCGACUGGUUCCUUCAGUCCUGCAUGGUGGCAAAGAGCCUCACAGUAGCAUUCAUGGCCAAAGCUUGCUGCCGCUAUGUGUCCAACCCCACCAAGCAGGUGAGCAUCCACCUGGGCUCCAUUCUGGUGGUGCUCUUCUUCAUUUGGCUGUCUGCUUGCUCAGUCACCAUCCCUCUCUGGCUCUUUGCAAAGCUGCAAAGAGAGAUCCGUGGGCUGGUAUGCGUGCUGAUUGUUUCACCUGAAGCUCGGGAUUUCAUGUCUGUGUAUGUCAAAGCUUAUCCCCUGGGGGUUUACUGUGCACCUCUCAGCUUUGCCCUUAUGUAUUUUUGGAAGGCUUAUGGCCAAUGCCAACGCCGCUCCAGUAAGACUCAGAAUCUGCGUACACAGAUCAGAUCUAGGAGGCUCACUUUGAUGCUUUUCAGCCUCACUGUGGCCAUGGCUAUCCUCUGGCUUCCUCAAUGGGUGGUGUGGGUUUGGGAGCGUCAUAUAGCAGAGAAAGAAAUUGAAGGACCUCAGCCUCUUAUCUCCUCUCCUCCCCUUUUUCUGACCCUCUCUGCUCAGCUGCUCACCUUCUCUCUUUCAUUGGUGAACCCUCUCAUUGUUCUCUUUCUGUCUGAGGAAUUCAGAGAGGGUUACAGGGGGCUGUGGAGACGCCUCACCUUACGCAAACAACCUCCUCCCAAGCCAAAGCCUGGGCCCCACAACCCUACCUCAAUGCAGUCCCCUUGUCCCAGACCAGAGACUUCAGGGCAGCUGAGGGGGGAGAGGAGCCUUCAGUUCAGCUCCAGCCAGGAAACCAGCAGAGCAGUUCAGCCCCAGCCAGAGCAAGGUGCAGGAAACGGAGGGAACGAGGCGGAAAGGUUGAGCCUCAAAGAUGGGAUUGUGUUGCCUGACGUGGAGCAGUUCUGGCAUGAGAGGGAGACUGGAUCUCUGACAGAGGAAAAUGAUCCCGUGCCGUGGGAGCAUCAGAGCAAAGAGGAAAAAAAAUAACAAAUCUCCUUUCAAGAAGAUCAUCAAUACAUCUCUGCAGAGUGGACUGCUGAGUUCAUGUAAAUCAUUGGUGUUUUGUCCUCUGUGUUUAUAUUAUUCAAAGGUCACAUGUGAGAAUCUUAUUUCAACAUCAAAUUUGAAGAACUAAGCCAGUAUUUUGUGCUUGUACAAUCAUUGUUUGAAUGUACUCUUUAAAUGCUAAAAAGUGACGUGGAGUUUUUGAUGAGCAUUUAAUUAACAAAUAAUUUCA